UAUUUUUGGUUAUUUUAAGACUCAUCUCAAUAAGCAAGAGAAUUUGGUUCUCACAUUUUGUGCCUUUUGAUUGUAAACAGCUUUAAACAGGUUUACGUUGUACUUCAUAAAAAAUUAUAGAGAUUCUGCAGACUGAGACGCGUUGGGACUGAAAUUAGGCAAUUCUGAGUUUCUCAUGCAUGUAAGCUGCUUUUAUUUUGAUCCCUAUCGUUCUUAGUCAGUCUUUUCAAGUAUUCUGCUGGAAGGACUAUUGUGAGUGAGGGCACAGGAGACAGGAGAAAAUGGCAGGAUCCCGAGCCACCAGGCCUCAUAAUACCUGCUCGUUGAGGUAGAGUAAAAGCUAACUGAUGAAUUUUUUCAAGAACUUUUGGUUGAUAGCAUAAUAUUUAGAUUUAGUCUGGUGUGUUUUUUUUUCUUGUUGUUUUGUUUGCUUUGGUUUAAGCUCAAUACAGUCACAUCUGAAUUUACACAACAAAAAUGUUUCUGAGAAGUUGUGGAUAAAUCCAUUUUUAAUAAGCCAAGUAAUAUAAAAAGCAACAGGAGAACUUGUUAAUUGGGUUUAUCCUAAUGUUCUGGUCACCUGUUUCUUUUAAUAGACACAGUGGUUGCAACAAUGCUUUGAUUUGUUCCUUUUUGAAAGCUGGCUUUUGUUGGGGGGAGGGUUUGUUUUUGCUUCUUGUAUCUUAAACUUGACACCUCGAUUCUCAUUGAAAAAACUUUCAACCAUGUAUGGUUGGUGAUUUGUUGAAAAAUUGUAACUGAAAACCCGCCACUCUGCUUUUAAUAUUUGAAAUCCCUUGGCAGGGAGACAUUUUUCUCAGAACAUAUCUUUUGGGGGACCUCAGGAAGUUAAUUAUUCUGGCAAGAUGUUCUUUUUGAACUCUUUUGGAUCAUCAUAAUAUUAUGUUAAUUUAUCUAAACAGUGGAUUCUGAGUUGAAUAACUGUAGUCCUGGCAGAUAUGAGGAUGUCAGACGUCUUGGCAUAGUUUGGGGACAGAGGGGACCUUUCCCUCUUCUUUAUGUAAUCCACCAUCAUAAUGUGGGAGUUUUAUGAAAUUUCUUGUUAUUCUGAAAUACUUAGCUUUUUAUACCAUAUGUGCUGCUCAGUGAAAACAGGCUCUGUGUAUGUCUGUAUAUGUUUAAAUGAAAUGGAAAAGAAAAGUGAAAUCCAAGAAAUUUCUGAAGUUUGCAGUGGUGAUUAUUUUUAGCCACAUUCAUGUCUUUUAAACAAUCCUUUUUAAGUCAGUUGAUUGGAACUUGGGACAAAAAGUCCCAUAGAUAUGAUAGGAUAGUAUAUGUGGUGGCAAAGUUUCCAGAUUAGCCCUCAAAGAUUAUUUAACCCAUCAUAUACUCACACGCUUUGCCAUACAAGGGGCCAUUAUAUAUAGCGUAUAAAAGCACUGUUUAAUGAUACUCAACCUACAGCAACUUUCAAUACUAGGAAUGAAAUAAAAUUUUAAAAUGGCAAAAAUGAGUAAGGAUAUAUUUUGUUUCUCCUUUGAUUUUGAGGACAAGUAGUUUUAAAGAGACUUGGUGGUGUGGUGGAAGAACUCCCAGCAGACCUGAAGAUGUGCUGUGUAACAGUUUGAGCAUCUUAGACAAAUAAAUCAUCCUCGCACGCCUCAGUUUCUUUUAAUGUCAUGGGGAUAGUUGGGCGGAUUAGAGCAGAAUUUGUGUGAGGGUGAUUUGCAAACUGUAAAGUUCUAUGCAAAUAUACAAUAUAUUUUCUGGUUCUUUUCUUAAUUAUGAAAAUCCUGUGUCCUGGCCUUUCUUUUUCUUGACACUCAUACAUUAGUAACAAAACUCUUUAUGCUUAACCACAAUUAGUAAGGUCCUGUUUCGCUCACAAAUAAUAUAAAGGCAGGUUGUUUUGACUCACAUGGAUGACAGAAACAUUUGCUUUUUGAGACAGCCUAUUGGAACUUCCAAAAUGUCUCUCUCUCAUUUUUUGUCUCUAAAUCUUUCUUGUUUUUUCCUUGUCUGAGUAUCUCUUUCUUAACGACCUUCUCAAGUUUCAGGUUAUACAACAGGGCCCGUACUCCAAGCCCUGGCCUCUCUCUGACCUUGUGCCUCUGGCCUGGGACCAGCUCCACACUGCCAAACCCUGCAGCUGACCCUUUGUAUCUCCCAGUAGUCUGAGCAGCAUUCAUUUGCUCAAGGUCUCACUAGAGGCCAAACAGAGGCAGCCUCUCAGGAGAGACCAUGGCCUCCCAAGAGUAUUUUUGAUGUCACUAGCCUAGCCUUAGGCUCUAAUGCCAGGAGUAAGACUAGAAGUGAUAGGGGCCAAAGCCCCCCAAACCCGAGGAGCUUUUCUGGUAGAAAUUGUGUUAGGAAAAAAAGGGGGAUUUAGUGGCCUUUGCAGACCAAAGCUUCCCCAUUCCCUGCCUCAUUCAUUGGGGUGGGGGAGUUAUGCAUAUAACUCAGCAAACAAAGAGGCAAGUUGAAAAGGGCUUAUUAAAAUAUUAAUGUUUGUGUCAAAUGUGUAAAAUUCAAGAAACAGGCAGAGCAAUAACAUUUAAUGUUGGAAGAGGACUUAGAGAUGCAAAAAGUACAGUUUAUUUAUUCUAGAGCAGAAAAAUCUUAAGCUGGAUAGGUUAACUGAUUUGUAAGGGUCUCCUGCCUUCUAAUCCUGAGUCCUUAAGGAUAUCCCUAAGACGAUACAUCUGGGUUUUGCCAUGCUCUGUUCUUGGUGAACAGUUAGCACAGAUUUUAUAUAACUAUGUGCUGAGACCCUCGGAUCUAAUAGUCUGCAAAGGCUAGAAAUGAAUUAGGAGGUAGCCUAUUAUACCAGCCACCUCUGAUUCCCUUCUCCCACCACAGAGAGAAAUAGAUUGACUGGUUGAUCAAUUGAUUGAAACAGGGUCUUGCUCUGUCACCUAGGCUAGACUGCAUUGGUGUGAUCUCUGCUCACCGCAGCCUGGACCUCCUGGACUUAAGGGAUCCUUCUACCUCACCCUCCUGAGUAGCUGGGACUACAUGUGCACACUGCAAUGCCUGGCUGACUUUUCGUAUGUUUUGUAGAAACAGGGUUUUGCCAUGUUGUCCAGGCUGGUCUUGAACUCCUGGGCUCAAGCUAUCCUCCUGCUUUGGCCUCCCAAAGUACUGGUAUUACAGAUGUGAGCCAUUGAGCUUGGCCACGUCUCAACGUAAUAUGUAUUAAGCAAGGUAAUUUGUAAGAGCUUGGAGACAACCUGCAAUAUGAUACAGUUUCUGCUCUUUGGGGGCUUACAAUACAGCAUUAUAUCAUCAGAGUGGGUUCAUUCUGGACCAUACCUUGAAUUAGGCAUUAGCAUAUUAUAUUCUAAUUUUGUUUCUUCCAUUGAUUUCCCAACAUGGACCCUGGUUAAGUCUAAGAGAUCAUUUAAAUCUUGGGCCUCAGUUUUCUUUUCUUAUUUUUUUAUUUUUUUGAGAGAAGGAAAGAAAAGGAGUGAAGGAGAGGAAGAAAGAUGAAGAAAAAGAGGGAGAGAGAAUGGAAAUGUUGCUUUAUUCUAAAAAAAAAUGGGUAUUAAUAAUGGCCAAUCAAUAUUUCAUUUAAACCUAUGAGUAGGUGUGAUGUGGUAUUGACAAGAAUGUAUGUUUUGUGUAUUUAAAGUGGAGAGUUCUAUAAGUAUUUAUUAAGUUUACUUGUUCCUAAUCUGAGUUCGAGUCCUUGAUAUCCUUAUUAAUUUUCUGUCUCAUUGAGUCUAAGUCUCUAUGUAUCUGGGUGUUAGGAUCGUUAGCUCUUGUUGUUGCAUUGAUCCUUUUACCACUAUAUCUUUGUUGCUUUAAAAUCUAUUUUAUCAGAUACGAGAAUUGCAACUCCUGCUUUUUAUUUAUUUAUUUAUUUUUGCUCUCCAUUUGGUUGGUAAAUCUUUCUCUAUCCCUUUGUUUUGAGUCUUUGUGUAUCCUUGCAUGUGAAAUGGGUCUGGAUGUAGCAUACCAUUGGGUUUUGGCUGUAUCUUUUGAUUGGGUGAUUUAGUCGAUUUAAAUUUAGGAUUACUGCCAUUUGAUGUUAACUGGCUGUUUUAUCUAUUCAUUGAUGUAAAUUCUUCUUUAUGUUGAUGAUCUUUACUUUUUGGUAUAUUUUUAGAAAGGCUAAUACUGGUUGUUUCUUUCUAUGUGUAAUGCUUCUUUCAGAAGCUCUUGUAAAGCAGGCCUGGUGGUAAUAAAAUCUCUGAGUACUUGCUUGUUCAUAAAAGAUUUUAUUUUUCCUUCAGUUGUGAAGUUUAGUUUGGCUGGAUAUGAAAUUCUGGGCUGAAGGUUCUGUUCUUUGAGGAUGUUGAAUAUUGGCCCCCACUGUCUUCUGGCUUGUAGAGUUUCUGCUGAGAGAUCUGCUGUGAGUCUGAUAGGCUUGCCUUUGUGGGUAACCUGACCUUUCUCUCUGGCUGCCCUUAGUAUUUUCUCCUUCAUUUCAACCCUGGUGAAUCUAACAAUUAUGUGCCUUGGGGUUGCUCUUUUUGAGGAAUAUCUUUGUGGCGUUCUCUGUAUCACCUGGGGUUGAAUAUUGUCCUGCUUUGCUAGUUUAGGAAAAUUUUCCUGAAUAAUAUCCUGAAGGGUAUUUUCCAGCUUGGAUUCAUUCUCUCCGUGGCAUUCAGGUACACCUAUCAAACGUAAAUUUGGUCUUUUCACAUAGUCCCACAUUUCUUGGAGACUUUGCUCAUUCCUUUUUAUCCUUUUUUCUCUAAUCUUGUCUUCUCAUUUUAUUUCAUUAAGUUGGACUUUGACCUUUGAUAUUCUUUCUGCUGCUUGAACAAUUCGAGUGUUUAAACCUGUGCAUACUUCCCGGAGUUCCUGUAUUGUAUUCUUCAGUUCCAUUAAUUCACUUAUAUUCCUCUCUAAGUUGUCUAUUCUUGUUAGGAUUUCAUCAAACCUUUUUUCAAAGUUCUUAGUUUCUUUACAUUGGGCUACAACAUGUUCUUUUAACUCACAGAAGUUUUUUAUUUUCCAUCUUCUGAAGCCUGAUUCUGUUAAUGGGAUGCACUCGUUCUCCAUCAAGCCUUGUUCCCUUGUUGAUGAGGAACUGUGAUCCUCUUUAGAGGGAGAGGCGUUCGUUCUGAUUUUGAGUAUUCUCAGCCUUUUUACGCUGGUUUCUUCCCACCAUUGUAAAUUUAUCCACCUGUUGUCUUUGUAAUUACCAACUUUCAAAUUAGGUCUCUGAGUGGACGUCCAAGUUGUUAAUUCCCAGGGCCGAAAUAUGAGCAACCCACUGUGCCAGCCAAAACAGCGGCAUUAAGGCUGAUGGUGCUUUUCUGCCUGGGAAUCUCCAGUCUGGCUUCCUUCUUGAGUCCGUAAUAGGCGGCUCUGCCUUCCCGGAGCUCCAAACGUCAGUCAGAAGGGGAACCAGUCCCGUUUACUCUGCACCAAGAGCUGCCACGCUGCUGGCAAAACCGCUGCGCCGGCAGAGUCGCGCUGGUGACCCGUGCGGCUCCUCCAAACCUUGGUCAGAAGGGGAACCAGUCCCGUUUACUCUGCACCGAGAGCUGCCGUGCUGAGGUGCCGACAAAACCGCUGUGCCGGCAACAAGAGUCGCUCUGGCGACCUGUGCAGCUCCUCCACUGGGAAUCUUCUGCUCCAUGAGUGACCAAAAUUUGUCUGAAAGUGUGGCAUCCUCUCGUUCUCUGCACUUUCACUGGGAGCUGCAAUCCUGAGAUGUUAGUGAUCAGCCAUCUUGGAUCGUUCCAGGCCUCAGUUUUCUUAGUACAUAAACUGAGAAUAUUGAAUCUUGAAACCCUCUCACCUAUACAUUCUGUGUACAAAAGUCUCAUGGUACUAUUUUUAAUUUUACUUAUCAGAUUUUGAAUCUCUAGUACUCUUUUUAUUUCAAGAUAUUCUUAGCCAAGCACUAAAAUCAAUUAAGUUAUAUGCUGAUAUGACAGGCAACUUAGCAAUUCAUAUACCCACAGGCUAGAGAGAGUCUGAACAUACAUAAUGGUUCAUUUCUUCAAUUGUAAGGGAGAACUACAUCCCAAGCUUACGUAAAAUAAUUUGGAUUAUUAUAUAUUCCUAUAGUUCUGCCUAACAUAAAAUAUAACUGCUUUUAAAAAUUCAAAAACUUAGAAAGUAAAGGAUUAUUUAUUAUAAGAGAACUUUGGACCCUACAAAGGAAUUUAACCACAGUUUUCUUUUCUUUGUUAAUAGAAUCUCACUGUAUUGCCCAGGCUAGUCUUGAACUCCUGGCUUCAAGUGAUCCUCCUAGCUUUGCCUCCCAAAGUGCUGUGGUUACAGGCGUGAACCACCACUACCAGCCCACAGCAUUCUUUUCAAUAGUGAGUUUCUCUAGUGCAUUGAAAAUAUAAUAUGGUUUGCAGAUGUUUAGUUUAUGUACACCAGAAAGAAAUAGUUAACGUAUCUUUACAGUUCAUGGUUCUCUGCAGCAGUACUGAGUGUAUGCAAGGUAUGCUAUGUGUUAACUAAUUGUGGGGAUUUUAUGUGGCUUGGGAGUUUUUUUGCUGUUGUAUUGGAAUUUUACUGACUUAUCUUUCCUCCCUCUCCAUGUUCUUCCCAGUAGUUCAAAUAUCAUUCAUAUGUAAAAUGAUUAGUAAAAUAUGAGAGAUCAUUUCUGGCUCUUGGAGAAGUCACCCAUUUAGGGGAUGAACCUGUGACUGAGGAGGAAGGACACUUUCUGUAGCGGGAGGAACAUGAGCCACAUACAAACAGAUUUAGUUUAGACGCCAGCGCUACCUUUCCCUUGCAUUAAGCAAGUUACUGCAAGCUUCAGAAUCUGGUUUUCAUCUGUAAUAUAGGAAUAAUGAUGAUAAUGCUUAUAUCACCAGGGAAUUGCCUUUUCUGAAAGGGCUAGCACAUAGUAGGUACUCAGUGCAAGUUAUCUUUUGCCCUUCCCUUCAAAUCCAGGGAACAUAUGGCAGCAACAAGACUGUAGCCCUGGGAGUUGCUGUGUCUGCAGCCUCUUGGGUGUUAGGCAGACAGGGUGUGAGCGCUAGAAAGAUUCAGUAUGGCAUCACUGGGUGUACCCUUGGCCUCUGUAGCCCAAGAGCCUGUGUUCAGGUCUACUGACUGUGCUCUUGAAAUGUCUCCUACUUUUAGGUCAGUUUCCUUAUCUGUAAACUGAGACUAAUGGCAUUUACCUAAUGGGUUGUUGGAGAUCAUAUACCUUAAUUUUUAUAUAAAAUGGCUAGAAUAGUCCCUGGGAGGUGGUGUUUUGCUCCAGUCUAUUACAGGGAGGAUCAUUUUGUUGUUAGAGUUCAGUGAAGGUCAUUGUUUAAAAUCGUGUGGAAUGACUAUAGGCAUUAUAAAAACAACUGAUAUCUCCACUUGAGGUAGCUCUUGUUUCUGAACAGUACUUGGCCAGUUUCUUUAAGAGGAGAUGGCUUUGCUCUUAGAAAUCUGCCCGGGAGUCUUCCAUCUCUUCCAUUUUCCCUGCACAUCACUCUGUAUGGCUUUUGUUAUUAAUGUGGAGCAGUUGAAGUCACUGACUUGGGUGCAGUCCAGGCAGGCAUUGCUGAGGUCAUAUAUUGCUUUCCUAGACUCCAGUCAUGAACAGGCUGUUGGAAAUCAGAAGUACAGAGAAGCUGCCUUUUUAGGCUGCUCACAUGAAAGGGGAAGAGGAACUGAAGAACAUGCAAUCUGCGCACACAGCACGUAUUUCUCGCAUGGAAGCGGAGAUGGUUCGUGUUACGCAGUGGCCGUUUAACUGGAGAUCCAGAUGUUUUGGAAUAUUACAAAAAUGAUCAUGCCAAGAAGCCUAUUCGUAUUAUUGAUUUAAAUUUAUGUCAACAAGUAGAUGCUGGAUUGACAUUUAACAAAAAAGAGUUUGAAAACAGCUACAUUUUUGAUAUCAACACUAUUGACCGGAUUUUCUACUUGGUAGCGGAUAGCGAGGAGGAGAUGAAUAAGUGGGUUCGUUGUAUUUGUGACAUCUGUGGGUUUAAUCCUACAGAAGAGGAUCCUGUGAAGCCACCUGGCAGCUCCUUACAAGCACCAGCUGAUUUACCUUUAGCUAUAAAUACAGCACCACCAUCCACCCAGGCAGAUUCAUCCUCUGCUACUCUACCUCCUCCGUAUCAGCUAAUUAACGUUCCACCACACCUGGAAACUCUUGGCAUUCAGGAGGAUCCUCAAGACUACCUGUUGCUCAUCAACUGUCAAAGCAAGAAGCCCGAACCCAUCAGCCAAGGGUCAUCUUUUGUUUCUGAAGAAGGAGAGGAAUACCUACUACUAGAAGAUUUUGAAAGCAAAACGAUUCCAUUGCAAACACACACUGAUUCUGCAAAAUCCACCUCUUCUGAAACAGACUGCAAUGAUAACGUCUCUUCUCAUAAAAAUCCUGCUUCUUCCCAGAGCAAACAUGGAAUGAAUGGCUUCUUUCAGCAGCAAAUGAUAUACGACUCUCCACCUUCACGUGCCGCAUCUGCUUCUGUAGACUCCAGCCUUUAUAACCUGCCCAGGAGUUAUUCCCAUGAUGUUUUACCAAAGGUGUCUCCAUCAAGUACUGAAGCAGAUGGAGAACUCUAUGUUUUUAACACCCCCUCUGGGACAUCGAGUUUAGAGACUCAAAUGAGGCAUGUAUCUAUUAGUUAUGACAUUCCUCCAACACCUGGUAAUACUUAUCAGAUUCCACGAACAUUUCCAGAAGGAACCUUGGGACAGACAUCAAAGCUAGACACUAUUCCAGAUAUUCCUCCACCUCGGCCACCUAAACCACAUCCAACUCAUGACCGAUCUCCUGUGGAAACGUGUAGUAUCCCACGCACGGCCUCGGACACUGACAGUAGUUACUGUAUCCCUACUGCAGGGAUGCCACCAUCACGUAGUAAUACCAUUUCCACUGUGGAUUUAAACAAAUUGCGAAAAGAUGCUAGUUCUCAAGACUGCUAUGAUAUUCCACGAACAUUUCCAAGUGAUAGAUCUAGUUCGCUUGAAGGCUUCCAUAACCACUUCAAAGUCAAAAAUGUGUUGACAGUGGGAAGUGUUUCAAGUGAAGAACUGGAUGAAAAUUACGUCCCAAUGAAUCCCAACUCACCGCCACGACAACAUUCCAGCAGUUUUACAGAACCAAUUCAGGAAGCAAAUUAUGUGCCAAUGACUCCAGGAACAUUUGAUUUUUCCUCAUUUGGAAUGCAAGUUCCUCCUCCUGCUCAUAUGGGCUUUAGGUCGAGCCCAAAAACCCCUCCCAGAAGACCAGUUCCUGUUGCAGACUGUGAACCACCCCCAGUGGAUAGGAACCUCAAGCCAGACAGAAAAGGUCAAAGUCCUAAAAUUUUAAGACUCAAACCCCAUGGUUUAGAGCGAACUGAUUCACAAACCAUAGGUGACUUUGCUACAAGAAGAAAGGCCAAGCCAGCACCUUUAGAAAUAAAACCUUUGCCAGAAUGGGAAGAAUUACAAGCCCCAGUUAGAUCUCCCAUCACUAGGAGUUUUGCUCGAGACUCUUCUAGGUUUCCCAUGUCCCCCCGACCGGAUUCAGUGCAUAGCACAACUUCAAGCAGCGACUCACAUGACAGUGAAGAGAAUUAUGUUCCCAUGAACCCAAACCUGUCCAGUGAAGACCCAAAUCUCUUUGGUAGUAACAGUCUUGAUGGAGGAAGCAGCCCUAUGGUCAAGCCUAAAGGAGACAAACAGGUGGAAUACCUAGAUCUCGACUUAGAUUCUGGGAAAUCCACACCACCACGUAAGCAAAAGACCAGUGGCUCAGGCAGCAGUGUAGCAGAUGAGAGAGUGGAUUAUGUUGUUGUUGACCAACAGAAGACCUUGGCUCUCAAGAGUACCCGGGAAGCCUGGACAGAUGGAAGACAGUCCACAGAAUCAGAAACACCAACAAAGAGUGUGAAAUGAAAAUACUGCCUUGCCAUUUCUGAACAAAAGAGAACUGAAUUGUUAAAGAUAAAUCCGUUUUGAAGAAUGACUUGACACUUCUACUCUAGGCAGAUUCUCGAAUGAGUAGAGUUGAAGUCAAAGGACCUUUCUGACAUAAUCAAGCAAUUUAGACUUAAGUGGUGCUUUGUGGUAUCUGAACAAUUCAUAACAUGUAAAUAAUGUGGGAAAAUAGUAUUGUUUAGCUCCCAGAGAAACAUUUGUUCCAUGGUUAACACACUCAUAGUAUUACUGUAUUUAUGCACUUUUUCAUCUAAAACAUUGUUUGGGGUAUUCCCAAUGUAUCUUAACAUAAUUCCAUUGGGAAUUCUUGUUUGUUGUCACACUACUUUAUAUAACAAUACUAAGUUAACUAAGCUACUUUUAGAUGUGGAAAUUGCUGUUUAAACUGCAGUCUAGCAACAUUAAAAUGAGAGGUAGCUUCACAAGUUAGCCUUCAACCUGAAGCUUCAGGUGAUAACCAUUAGUUAUACUUGGACUCAUCAUUUAUUGUCUUCCAAAAUGCUGAGGAUAAAGUAUGUACCGGUGUCAGGACCUAGUUCUCUGGUUAUUGUACAUUUAGUUUUUAAUGGUGGAACUUUGUUAUAUUUUGUGAAUUACAGCAUUGUUGGUUCAUUGAGUGAAGAUUCUGCCGGGUAGGAUCUUGCACCUUUGAAAGACUUAAUAAUUACACUAUCAAGUAAGCCUGCAAAUCAUUGAUGGCAUGCAGUGAUGAUGUGCUCUUAUACUUGUUAACAUGUAUUAAAUGUUGUUUGCAGAAGGUAGAUUAUAUAACUAAUCAGGUACGUACCAGGCAGUGAUGUGCUAAUACACUGAUCAGGUUUAGACGAUGAGCUUUGGUUGUGUUCUUGUUAGUCCUAAUAUUGGUUUUCAGUUUGGAAUUAAUAAAGCAGUUGACGUUCACUGUUAGUUAUAGCAACAUACUGUGAUUUUUAAUUAGACAGUAAUUUAGAUUUGUUACUCUAUGAAAUUCUAUCUUUUGACACCAUAGUGCCCUUUCUAUGAUUUUUUUACUUAAUAUUCUUCUUGGCCUUAUAUUUAAAUCCCUAUGCAAUUAAUAUUUUAUAUCUGCAUUUUUAAAAAAAAUAUAUAUGUUAUAUAAGAUUCUUAUAUGUAGCACCUGUUGCUUUUCCACUAAAAGAAUUAGGGAUUUUGUACUGUGAUUUAUAUUCACUGACCCAAUUCAAGAAAUAUUGGAGCCUUGCUGUAAUGUGAAAUUUUAUAGUCAUGGACUCCUUCCAGCUAGAUUUCUGAAACCACCAGAGGGAUGGUAUAAUUCUGUCUCACCUAUGACAUGGUCCUGUGACAUAGAUAUUAAGACCACAAGUUAUAGUGAGGCUACAAUUAUAUUCAUCUGUCUUGGCUUUGCAACAUAAUUUAGAAAACAGGUAUAGUUGUUUGUCUUUUCGCCAAGUUACAUACAAUCUCACGUACUGAUUUGAAACUUGUAACAAUAUUUGGAGGGGGCAUAGAGAAAGGAGAGUCCACAUUUGAGGCAUGACUCCCUCCAUUCAGACCUUUAACUGUUGUCUGAAUACAUAGAUGUGCCCUGAUUUCUCGCCCAUUGGCCAUAAUACUGUGCCUAAUCAAUGUAAUGGGUUUAUUUUCGCAAUCCACAAACUAAAAAUGUUCAUAACAAGAUGAAUUGUAGACUAUUAACAUUUGAUGGCUUUAAACGUUUGCUUCUUUUUAAACAGAAACUAAAACCCAGAAGUGAAUUUUUAGGUGAAUUUUUAAAUAAAAAAGAUUGAUUGAGUUUGGUGUGCAAGCUGUUUUAUAAUGAAACCACAAAAUAAAAUCUAAAAUCACUGAAAUGUGCCUACACUAUCAAAACACACAAUACAGCUAAUGUGUAAAGAUACUAAAUUCUGUUACUUGGAGGAUUAAUAUAUUUAAGAUUUUAAAACAAUAAUAAAUACACGAUUUAAAAAUAAAAAAUCUUUACAGCUGUUUAUCAGAAGGGUCUAAAGCACUUAUGAAUGUUUUUAGUCUAAUUUAUGAUUAACUUUUUACAAGUUACCAUAUUUGAAGAUUUGUGGCACUCUGAUUUUCAGAAAAUGUCCCAUUCUGAAUAAGAACAGGGAGGUAUUAGGCAGUUUGCUUUAGAAAACUAAAUCACAUUGAACAUUGUAUUAGAGAAUUAAAAGUUUUUUAUAGAGCAGUGUUUUCCAAACAUUUUUAGCACUAGAAUCUUUUUUUAAAUGAAAUUUUAUGUGUAAUCCCAAUAUAUAUAGCCUGAAAAGUCCAUCUUAUCAAUAUAAAUGUAUUUUGAGUUCACAUUUGUGUUUAUUCAUUUUGGCUCCUUACUAAGCAUAAGAUUCUGAAUUAUUUCUGAAUAACACAAAUGUAGAGUUAUACAUGGUUGAUGAAAACAGCAGCCAAUUUAUAGCUAUGCCUUUAUUUGUAUACGAUCAAGAAAAUUUUGAGUCAUACAUAUGUAAGCAAAAAUAAUGGUUUUUAAACAUAUAUCUCAGGAAAUGUUUAGUUAGAGAUAGCUAAAUUUAUUCAAGGUCUAUACAAAGAUAAACUAUCCUGGUAGUGAGAGUUAAUACAUAAGCAGUCUCCAGUGUGGUAAAGUAGGGUAUGAGACACAUUAGAAUGAGCAUUUUUAUUAAGUUUUAAAAUAUACACAUAUAAAAACUAAAUUUGAAUCAAACCAUUUUACUCACCUCCAAGCAGCUAGACUUUGGCCAGGAGUGGGCUAAAAACCACUGGUUAACCAUGUGACAGUUAUGAUGUUAUAGUUGGAAGUCUUUUUCUUCCACUUUAGAGUUCUUUACCUUAAUUCCUUAUUUUGAAAAAUUGUAAGAUUUUAUGAAGGUUUGAAUACCAAAGCACAGUUCUGCUUUCAAAACUUAAAAUUCAAACUUGAAAAAGCUGUUUAACCCAUGGAAGGUAUCAUUUAGUAAGCUGUAAAAGAUUUUCUACAUCUACACUUCAGUUUAUACAUCUUUAUCAUUAUCAAUACCAUCUAAGUUACUGUGAGCAUUUUAGAGAAUUCCGUAAAGGUACUAUGAGUGUGUAUGUAUGUGUGUGUGUAUAUAUAGCAUUGUAUUUAAUCAUAGACUAAAUUUAAUUUGAUACAGAAAUAUCACUAUACUUGUACAUUAAGGUCAUAAUUUCUGCUGGACUCUUUUAUAUUUAAUUAAUAGGGAUUACAGUCUUCCUUCAUAAAUGCAUUUAAACCAGAAAUUGAACACCAGUGUUUUUCUACUUAUGGGAAGUUGUCUGCUUCUCCCUUUAGAGAAAACGGUAUUUUUGUAUUUGGGUAAAUAUUAACUAUGCCUACACACUAUGCUGUAGAUACUGAUCAUAAUUCUUGCGUGUUCGCAAACACCCCUAGUGCCUCUUUUUUGGCUCGUUAAAAGUGUUGGUGUUAGUACUUUGACUACAGAGCCUUUGGCCUUUUAAUAAUGCUGAGGUGAGCUGAUCCUUCCUAUUUCUGUCUUCGGGUCAUUCUGAUAGGUCUUGUCCUCCACUGUCAGGUAAGCAAUCAGGUCCAUGACAGGGAUUAGACAUAUGAACAAAUCAAGUGGAUACACAUAGUGAGAAAGAUAUACAUUCUAUGAUAACUACUGUCAAUAACAACUGAUGUUACAUACAUGUUUAUAUAUAUAUAUAUAAUUUUAAAAACAACUAGGAGAUGAAAAGCCGUGGUAUAAAUAAAUAUUGUAGACAUCAUGGACUUGAUUUGAUAGAAAUCAAUUGUCAGGUUAUGGAGAUGGUUGUUUUCACUCUGUCUAAAUAAUUUAUGCAUUACUACAGUUAAGUAUGAUUUGGUUUGUCUUCUAUAGACUUAAUUUUCUUCCGGUUCAGUGUAAUAUCUGUUAACAGAAUUUCAGCAAACUGACUGGUCAAGGUAUUAACAUAGUUUUUACUUCCUUUACCUAAAAAGGUGGUUUUAUGUAAGUUCUUGAUUGCUGAUGGUCAUCCCAAAUUUUGACAACAAAAUCAUUUGUAUAAAUUUAUUUCUCUCCUCUUGCUCAUCAUCUUUGUAAAAGUCCCAUUGUAGAUCUUUUCUGCUACCAAAUAAAACUUUUCAAACA